ACCCCAAACCCUACCCCUCUCUCUCUCUCUCUCUCUCUCAUUCAUCACCCACCUUUUCGCCGCCGUUCGCGUCGCGGUGCGCUCACCCUGCGUAUCUUCGCCCCAACCCUAAUCCUUUUGGUCGAUGCUCCGCCGCGUCGGCGGUGGCGGUGACCGGAUCGUCGCGGCGGCGGCGGCGGCGGCGGCCUUUAAAUGCUCGCACCCCUCCCCUCCUCUCGCUAUCUCGGUGUCUCCUCUCGCUCUUUCAUGUCUCCUCCCCGCUUCCCCUCUCUCCACUCGGCCGGGUUCCAAACCCUAGUUUCCUCCCCUUCGAUACGGCUCCGAUCGCCCCUGCAAGAGGCUCCUUUUGAGGUUUCCUGCUCCUUUCGUGGUGGUUCCUCGGUUCUCCAGGCGAGAUGAGCGGCGGCGAGCAGUUCUUUUUGUUUGGGUCCUUCACUGAAGAUGAGACUAGGCUAUUUCAAAAGCAAUCAGAUAAGCCUGCUGUUUGCUCUCCGGAAACAACAGGACUGCAGUUUGGGUCAUUGGACUUCUCUUCUCUAAGUUUGCAUAACGGUUCCAGUUCUAACACCAAGCAAACUGAUUUACCAAAAGAUAGUCGCAAUAAGAUUGUUACGAAGGAUAGUAAACGGAAGGAUGAGAAAGAAAAGAUAAGUCAUAAUGUACAAAAUGGUAGAGCUGCCCAGGUGAAUGGAGGACCGUACAGUUCCAUUUCUCCUUAUGAUGGUGUCCUUGCGAAUGGAAAGAACGCAGAAGCUUUAGUUUCUACGCACGUAGCUGACAAUGAUUUUGUUGGAAGCAAAAAGGUGCAUGGUGAUGUGGUUCAAGUUAAGAAAAACAAGGAUGCAACAACUGUUGAUUCACCAGCUAUUGUGACUGCAGCAGUAGAUGAGCCAAAGAGAUCUAAUGAGACAGUAACUCUGCCCAAGAACAUACUUCCACGUGGCUUAGUGAAUACCGGAAAUUUAUGCUUCCUUAAUGCUACAUUGCAGGCAUUACUUUCGUGUUCACCUUUCGUCCAGCUUUUGCAGGAUCUUAGGAAUCAAAAUAUCCCGAAGAUUGGCUAUCCAACAUUAAAUGCUUUUGUUGAGUUUAUAUCUGACUUCGACAUGCCUGAGGAUCCAAGUGCAAAGAACAGUGAGAGGAGAGUUCUAGAGUCUGGGAAGUCAUUGAGUCCCAUCAUGUUUGAUGCUGUUUUGCAAAACUUUACUCCAGAUUUGCCUACAGGAAUGUCUGCACGACCAAGACAAGAAGAUGCUCAGGAGUUUUUAAGCUUUGUCAUGGAUCGAAUGCAUGAUGAAUUGCUGAAGCUUAAUGGUCAUUUUCCGAGUUUACAAGAUGGGAACUUGCCUCUUGUAUCCUCCGCUGAAGAUGAUGAUGGAUGGGAGACUGUUGGGCCAAAGAACAAGUCUGCUGUCACAAGAACUCAGACCUUUAUGCCUUCUGAAUUAAGUGCUAUUUUUGGAGGUCAAUUAAGAAGUGUAGUGAAAGCAAGAGGCAAUAAGGCCUCAGCCACAGUUCAACCUUUCCUCUUGCUCCACCUUGACAUUUUCCCUGGUGCUGUCCAGACUAUUGAGGAUGCUCUCCAUUUAUUUUCUGCCCCAGAAAAUCUUGAAGGGUACAGAACGUCACCUGGGAAGGCUGGGGUCGUAAGCGCUCGCAAAUCUGUUAAAAUCCAGACACUUUCGAAGAUAAUGAUUCUGCACUUGAUGAGGUUUAGUUAUGGAAGCAAGGGAAGCACUAAGCUGCAUAAGCCUGUCCGCUUCCCACUUGAACUGGUUCUAAGCCGUGAUUUACUUGUCUCUCCAUCAUCAGAGAGCCGGAAAUACGAGCUUGUGGCUACUAUAACACACCACGGGAUGGAACCCUCGAAGGGACAUUACACUGCCGAUGCUAGGUAUUCCGACGGCCAGUGGCUUCGGUUCGACGAUGCAUCCGUCACAAUCGUGAGUACCAACAAAGUCCUUCAUGACCAAGCUUAUGUUCUCUUCUACAAGCAAGUAUAGGUCUGUGCUCUGUUACUCGUAAUUAUGGUGUUGCUGCUCCUGCUUUAUUAUUAAAAGUGUUAAUUAUACUCUGCUGCUGUGAACGUUGCUACGACCCUAAUGUAAAGCUAUUCAAAUAGGGUAGUCAUGUGAUGGUAUUUAUUUGUUCUUGUUACAUGGGCUCUUCUUCGUCUUCUUCUUCUUCUUCUUUUUCCUUUUUUGUUAGCAAA